GAUCAAUCAUCGGGUCCGCAAAACAACUUCAACAUACGGUAAUAUUGGAUGAUACGUUCUCUCCAGGUCCCAACCACUGAGUACUGAGUCCUGUGUAGCGUUGAGCAAACGAGCUAUCACAGAUUCUGAUGUUACAACUCUGUCAUUCGAGGAAUGUCCGGACGACUCUCCGGACAGUGUGGCGUAUGUAUCAAGCAAAUGGCCUCAAGAUCCACAAGUCUGCACAUAUUAAUGUCGGAGCAGCUGACCGUCUUCAGCUAUUCUCAACCUCCUCGGCUAUGCUCUGGAAGAGCACUUCGCCUUUGCAGAGUCAUGUCAAGAUUGCGGCGGACGGCGGGGUGGACUAUGAAUUUGAUCCUGCGGAUGUCAAAACUGUGGAGACGAUGAAGUUCAGCGAAGAGUCUAUCGGUCUUCACACUCCUAUCGGCCCCGGUUUUAGACGAGUGAACAUCGGCGAUAGUUUCGAUAUCCUGGAUACCAAAUUCAAGAUCUGUCGGAAACUAGGAUGGGGAACUCAUUCCAGUGUAUGGCUUGUAAAGGACGAGUCAGAUUAUUAUGUCGUCGAAGUCCUCACGGAAUACUUCUCAAAGGCGACUUGGAACGGGCAACGAUCAUACUUUGACAUCUUAGAACGAAUACACAAAGAAUGCUCAAAGGAAACCAACAAACAUCCUGGUACUGAUCACGUCGUUCGAGUAAUGUAUGUGUUCGAAUUCGAUGCUCAUCACGCAGCUGCCAUGUUUCAACGUGUGGGGCCGGAUGUCAACAUAAAAAGAUCUUUCCCAUACCGUUCGUUGAAACCUGAUGUGGGAAAGGUGCUUUGCCGCCAGAUUCUUCAAGCUCUUGACAUGCUGCAUCGCGACUGCGAGGUGGUGCAUAUGGACAUCAAGCCGGCCAGUAUUCUCGUUCAAUCCCCGCUUAGCACUCAGGAGAUCUCAGACCUUCUGCUCAAGGAUCCUCCAAUGACAUAUCCCGGAAGCGCAUGGACCUUCAUUUCACGCGAAGAGAUACAACGUCGUCUGCAGCACACUGAGGACGAUUCUAGUGUCCUCCGUCAAGUGUCCGAGCCAGUCAGUCAGCCUCUCCCCGCACCUCCUUUGGAUCGUCCAGACAGCCUGACUUUUAAACUAUCGGAUUUCGGAGAUGCUCAGUUUCUGUCUCAACAAACAUUCGUUGGUCGUAUAUCUCCAUGGGUACGAUCUCCAGAGAUGGUUCUUGACUUGCCGUGGAACGAGAAAACUGAUAUAUGGGCUUUCGGAUGCACCUUGUUCCAACUCCUCACUGCAACCGACCUUAUAUCGAGGAUCCCGGCCUCCGAGAUGGCUCAAUUCGAUGCUAUGUACCUUCAAGCGAUGGCUCGUUCGCUGUCUACCACCUUUCCUUCUGAAAUGCUGGAGGACACUGGGCGAGAAGACUUGAAGCACAUAACCGCUUUUCGUGAUUUGAGAAAACCUCCUCCUGAAUCUCGGCUUGCGUCUGACAUAUGGUUCCGCCUUGCACUGGCUGGAAUCACCGGCAAGGAGCUAGAAGCUAUCUCUUCUUUCCUUAGACGAUGUCUCACGUUAAAUCCAAACGAACGGCCCUCUGCGAAAGAACUUCUCGACGAUCGUUGGUUACAGUAAACCCCCUGAAUGCCCUUCAUUGCGUUUAUAUGAUAUUCUAUUGAUCGGAUUAUUGCAGAUAAGCUCAUCUGCCAUAUGUAUUUUCCUUUGGAUCUCUAUCCAGACCGGUUGAACGAGGUGCUCAGACUCAAAUGCUUAUCCUCACAAAUCUUCCAAGGGCACAAUGGGGACGAUUUCAACAUUCACCGUCGCCCUCUCUCCCCCUCCCCAUCUUAUACCUCACGGCCAAUUUGUUUCUCUACCCUUUAUGACCCGACUCGAAGUCGAUUUUGCACUCAAUGAAGUGCACGCCAGGGUUCGUGACAAGGAUGAGGACCUUCACUUAGAGCCAGUUGGCAUCGGCUUCCCUACAAAUUCUAGGUUUCUUCUCCUUAACAUCAGCGAUGCGGUCGAGAUUUUGGCGUAAAUUAUCAUGCCUGUCACAAGUUGGGGUUCGGAUCCAACUCCAACGUCUGACUGGUUCAUGACGGGCAAGAGAACGAUCAAGGAAUUAUUUCAGAAACGUCGAACUUCCAAAAUGUCAAGAUAGGAAUUGGCACCGUGGAGUUUGCUCGCUUGCGAACGCCCCUAGCCUAAUCCAGAGCACAGACCGAAUGCACCAUCCGAAUAUAGAUCGGUUUAAUGAUGCUGUGUAGCGUGAGCCCUCCACAUUAGCUUUGCUAGACAAUUCACGACACAGUUUAACAACGAUCUUGUCCGAGGUCGUGAACAGGACCCUGUCAAUGUCAUGAUGAGUUGCGUACGUCUUGCGGAAAAGGUCGUGUGGUAGCCUCUCUACUGUUCCUUCAGCUUCCCGAUGAGCUUUGAUAGAAGUUUCAAUUCCAUCGGAGAGAAAGGACUGGAUUGCAUCCUCUCCAUUGCUCUGACCCAUGAUGAUAACGUUCCUCGGUCCUAUCUCAUACGACUCGUCAUAUUUUUUCCAGCUUAAUGAAGGCCUGAUGCCUCCCGGAUGCGACACUGUGACGUGCUACAGACUUGAAGCGGUGAAUGGUCUGCGGGUCUAAUUCUUUCUCCAUGUCCUAGAAGCGUACACGACUUAGAGUGCUCGCCAUAUAUUGCGUUGCCACUUUUCCAGCUUCGUCCAGACGGCGUUUAGAUAUCCUCCUCCACAAUGGUACUUCGAUGCACUUGCGUUU